AUGGGGGAUCAAUCAAUUGAAUCGAUACAGAAACCAACAGCUAACAAAAGCAUAUCGCACACAAUUCUGCAAUCGUUACAGUUAUUCAACAGAGUUGCAAAAGAUGAUACAAAAUCAAUUAAUUCAAAGUUUUUAAGUAUGAAUCAAUGGUUUAGAGACUUUAAUAACACAAUAACAAACACACAGAAUAAAAAUUACAUGAUAUCUCCAGAUAAAUUAAAAGUAGUUAUUGAAAACUUAAAAGAGGAUAGUAUUAUAGAGGAUGAAAAUGAGCAACUAUCAUUAUCAUCACCCCAUCGCUUUGAAACAACUUUGCCUGGUUCAAAUCAAAAUUCAGUCAUACUUGAUUCAGAAACUACUGGCAAACAAGAGCUAUUUAUCACAGCCAAUCCAUCCCCUGUUAUCCAAAAAACCCCUAAGAAUAUUCAAAAAAUUACUAAUAAUAUACAUAAUAGUGGUCAUGGUAGCAUAUCUAAAAUUAAAGAGAAUGAAAUUGUCGUCAAAUCUAAUUUUGAAACGGCAAUAUCAUCUUGGUCUCCAGUGAAAGUAGAACAUACACUGAAAAAUGUCCAAACAUUGGAUGAAGAAGAGCAAGAAAAAGAGAUAAUUCCUAAUCACCAACAAGCUAUACAACCAAAUGAUUCAAAUGAAGAGGUACCAGAUACUUCUAACAACACUAUAAUACCCAAGGUUAAUAAAGAUAAAUCAAAUGAUUAUCAACCCUCAUUUACUAAUAAAGGUGAGAAUAACACAAAACAGGAAAAUGGUUUCCCACAGGAAAACGUUAUAUCUGAUAAUACCAUCAAGGAAAAUACAAAAGUAGAAAAUUCAGAUAUCAAAAAUAUUGAAAUAGAUAAUCUAUCAAAGAAUAACGCAGAUAGAAAUUUUACAUCACCAAAUGUAAAGAAACCUGUUAAUGAUCAAUCUUUUGUUCUACAUAAUCCAAAAAGUAAGGUUUCGAUUAGGACUAAUAUGUUUGAACCAUUACCCGAAAAGGACCCCUUAAUUGUCAAAAACUCGACUCCUUCCCAAAAGAUUACGUCCAAGUCUCAUAAUACUACUUUCCGAUUCCAAAAUUUAAAUAAAAAUGUUAAUUUACCUACCGUAACAAAUAGUCACACCUUAUUUAAAACAAACUUGUCAUUCUCGAAGAGAAGUUUAUCACCUUCUAUGAAUAAUAAAUAUAAGUCAAUUAUGACACCUAAAGAAAAAAGUAAUUAUAUGAAUACUUUUCACAGAAAUAAGCAUAACAUUGGAAAUAAAGUAUCUCCUCAAACAGUUAAUAAAGUAGUGGUUUCACCACUGAAAAAACAUGCAGACGGUAAUAUUAUUAAAAAAGAAAACAAAAAGGUAAUUAGAAGCCCUAUAUCCAGAUUAACAACAAAGACACCACAGCGUAUACAAUCAGUUAGUACUAAGCCAGGUGCUGUAUUUGAUAGGUUAUCAUCAAUUCCAACAAAAUCAUUUGAGCAGAAAAUACGGUCAAAAACUGGCCAAACUCCAAUCGCAAGAAAAUUCGCUCCUUCUUCUAUAGAUGUGACUGGGUCACCAAUUAGAAGAGUAUCUCCAAAGUUAAAGAAAACUAAAAUGUCCGAAAUUUUAGAACAGGAAGCUUUGAGUAGCAUUUUCUUUAAAAACAAAUCACAAAAUAAAAAUUCACCAUCAAAACAAGAAAAUUUAGUGUCGAAUAAUAAGAAAACUAUAUCCCCAGCAAGUAAAACUUUGGAAUCCAAACUUAUUAAGACCAAUAAAGGGUUUGAAUCUUUAAUUCCUAAGUUAACACAGGAUACAAGCUUGGAAAAAACUAAAGAACCUUUGAAGAAUAACUUAUUAGUUUCAAAAUCAUUACUCUCCAAAGAUACCUCAAAAAUUCUAGCUGAUAAUAUAAAAAGUCCAUCCAAGUCUAAUAAUUCCUAUGAAACAAGGACAUUAGUUAACGCACCACAAAUUUCUACUUUAAAAAUUACAUCGACAUUAUCAUCAGAUAUUCCAGCAAUGUCACCUACUGCAUCAGAAUCAAAUAAACUCAAAAAUACACUAGUUAAUUCUAUAUCCCUUUCUUCAUUAAACCCAAAUGAAAAGCUAAGUACUACAAAAAAUAACAACUCAAGCAAAAUUAAUAGCAAUAGAAAACUGGCUUUUGAAAAUACAAAAGAAGAUAAGGUAUUAGGGAAAUUAAAUGUAAAUUCUUCUAGUAACGAGACAAAACAGAAAGACCCAACUGAGAAAAUCCAACUGAUACCUUUAAUAGACGAAAGCAAAGUGGAUGUGAAAGUUAAAUUGAAUAAGAGAUUAUCAGAAGUCAUACGAACACAACAAGAACAAGAAAAGAAACGUAGAGAAAAUCAACAAAAGAGGAAAAAAUCUCAUUUAGAAGAGGAAUCCGGAAGAAAGCAUAGUAGGUAUAGUACCUAUCGGAUAUAUUCUAAAAAGCAUUCAUUGGGUACAAGUACAGCCACUGAUACUUUUGUUAAGACUAUUAUUAAUAGUAAAAAUUCGAAAGUUAUUAAAAAUGGAAUUACAACCAUAAAAAAUGAUAAUGACAGUAUUGUAGACACCAAUAACAUCUUAGGUGAUAUACAUAAAGUUGAUUAUAGAAAUAUCAUAGGUGAUGGAAACUUUAUAGCCACAGACAAAAGCACCCAGGCUCAAGAACUCAAUUCUAUUGAAGAGGAUUCACUACCUGAAAUUUUAUCUGAUGAUGAACAAAACAGGCUCGCAUUGACAGAAUGGGCACAUUCACCUGCAUUAGAAAACCAAUUGAAAAUUCAAAAGCAUUGGGAUCCAAGAAGGAUUUUUGGUCCAAUUGCACCCUUACAUAUAGACGAAAUAUUUCCAACUUCAUCUUCAUCUCGUCUUAAUAAAGUUAAAUCAAAACUUACUAAAAAACCCUCUUGGAAGCAUUAA